AUGGAAAAAAGACUCCGGUCGUCACUCAAAUCAUCCGCCGAUGAAUUCCUUUCAUCAGCGACCAAAUUAGGGUUCCGAUCAGUAAAACCAUCACUUAAAACCCUGAUUCACUCUCUCAAGUCAUCAUCCGACGUCGUAUCUUCACUUCCUUUAUCACUUCGCCUUUCGAUUUCACAAUCCAUCACUCGGUUCAAAAACCUGUCCGGAUCCGAACCCGGAUCCGGAUCUACAGACGGUGCGAGUUCGCCUACAACUCCGCCAACUAAACGUGCUCGUAGAUCCACUCGCCGGACCGAAAAUAAUAAGAAUGAAGGAAAUGAAAACGAUGUCGUUUCAGGUAAAAUUGAUAAAGUGCAAAAUGAGGUUAUUGAAAAUUUACGGAUAUGUAGUUAUGUAAUUCAGAUGUGUGUUUCGCAUCCGAAAAAUGUGUUUAGUGUGAAUGAUUUGUUACCUGCUGUUCAGGAAUUACAUGAUAAUUUAAUUUUGUUUGAAAAGGAAUUGAAUUUGUUAUCGGAUAUUGCGUGUUUAUGUGAAGAGUGGUGGAAGAGAGAAUUAGUAGGUAGAGAUAGUUUAAUUUCGCAGUCGUUGCCUUUUAUGUUGUCGAAAGCGUUAACAUUUAAGAAGAAAGUGGAUGUUCAUAGAGUGUAUGCGUUACGUGAAGCGUUUGCGUUGUUUGACUUUGAGGACGAGAGUAUAGAUGAUUUGAAGUUGUUGUUGAUUAGGUGUUUGAUAUCGCCUUUGUUUCUGAAAAUGGAUGAAGGGAGAAGGUUUUUGGCGUUUAUGUUUGGGUUGUCGAGGCAACUUAUGAAGGAGUCUUUGGCUAUGAUUAGGUCUCAGAUAGUGUUUGGAAAGAAGUCGAUGUUGGAGGCUUAUGCUGAUAUUGUGUUUAGGGCUUGGAAGGCUUCGGAAGGGGAGUCCAGAGAGGAGAUCGAGAAUGAGUUUCUGCAGCAAUUGAUUGAGGGGUCGAUUCAUGCUAGUAGUGGCGCUUUUGCUGUUUCUAUCAGGAGGGUUUUAGGUGGGUUUAUAAGCCAGCGGACUACUGAUGGGGUGGAUAAGCUUUUUUUUAAUCUUGCAGAGCCUGUUAUAUUCCGUUCUUUGCAGGCUGCAAACUCAAAUGUUCGUCAAAAUGCACUGCACUUACUGAUAGAUGUGUUUCCUCUUGAAGAUCCUGACGCUACAAGGGAAGCUAAAGAUGAAUUGCUUCAUAAGCAAUUCUUCUUAAUAGAGAAAUUAAUUGUUGACGAUUGUCCUGAUAUAAGAGCUGUGGCUGUUGAAGGUUCUUGUCGAAUUCUUCACAUGUUUUGGGAGACAAUUUCGUCUUCUAUCAUCACCAAAGUUAUUACCAAGAUAUUAGAUGAUAUGACCCAUGAUGCUUGCAAUGCAGUCAGGCUUUCAGCAGUAAACGGUAUCAUCUAUUUGAUUAAAAAUCCUCAAUCCCAUGAGAUUCUCAAAGUGAUUUUGCCAAGAUUAGGGCAUUUGAUUCUGGAUUCGGCCCUUUCAAUACGCAGUGCUAUUGUAGAUCUCCUACUUCUUCUACGGGGUAUUCACGAUUUUCAUUUUAAUAAGGUGGUGCAUCUAAAUGUCCUGUUAUCAACACUUGCUAAUGAUCAACCACUUGUUGGGCAAAAGAUCACCAAGCUUCUCCUACCUUCGUAUUUUCCCAUAACAGUUGACCCAGAAGAAGCCUGCAAUCGGUGUGUAGCACUUAUAAAGAGGUCACCGCUUGCUGCCGCAAAGUUUUGUGAAUUUGCUCUGUCUGAAGGGGCAUCAUCACAUUCACUAAUUACACUUUUUAAACUUCUCAUAACUUUGGUUCUCUUACCUGCCACUACGGGUGCAGAUCAAAUUGAUGGCAUGCUCAUGGCUGCUGCUAACAUAUGCAACAGUCUAUCUACCAAGGCAAAAUAUAGAGAUGCUCUUAAGGAAGAGUUGACUUCUAAAAAGUUGAUGUCCUUGUUCGCUGCUGCAAGUUCAGGUCGUGCUCAAGCAUCUGUGUGCGACAUUGUUUCUACUGUUCUUAUUGAUGCUGCUGGUGUUCUUCGCCAAGAAGCCAUGGCACUGGUCACUAAAUGUACCGGCUUAUCUGAUAAUAAGGAAAAACAGGCUCAAGUGAGGUUGGUCCAUAAAAUGGUUUUGUCAUGUGGUUGGAUGGAGUAUAUGCUUGCAGAAUUUACAAAGCUUUUACAAAAAACUGCCAAUGGAUGUAUAGCUAAAUAUCACACAGAAAGAACAAGACAUAAUUCUCCCCCAGAAAAGAAGAGAAAAGUUAAACAUGGUAGUAAAGUUUCUGUUAAGUGUAAACGUGCUAGUGGGAAGAAGUGUUCUGAUACUUCUCAAAGUAGUUUCUGUGAGGAUUACGCAGUUUCUGUUGGUAUAGCUUGGCAAUUGAAAGAUCUUCUCGCAUACAGCAACAGUCGGAAAACAGUGUUAGGUUCCGGAAGUCGAGAAUCUGUAUUCCAUGCUUUAAAGGUCAUCUCUGAGUUCAGCAUUAAGGAGUGCCUGGAGUGUAAUUACAUUAACAAUACUCCUGUGUUGGCAUACACAUCACUCAGUCUUCAUAUGUCUGUUAGAAAUUUGACUGUAAAUGAUAGCAAUAGUGAUGGUUCAACAAGGUUAUCUUCAGAGCAAACUUUGUUGGAGCAGACAAUUGAGCAUCUUCUCCACUGUACAAAAAAGGGAUAUAGUGCAUGUAGAAAGUUCUGUGAGGUGCCACCACGUUCUACACAUGCCGAAAAGAAGCACACACGGGCGAAUGAGGAUGACCUUAAACACAAAGAUCGUGGAUUGCCUUAUUCAGAACAUAAGUGGCUACCAAACAUGGUGAAGCUGUCAACAUCGAUUCUCAAGUUUAUUAUUGAUUCAAGUACGUUAGAUCGUACCCAUGAGUGCCAAGAGAGAUGUUUGAGCUUUACAAGACAAUACAUAAAAUUUGUAACUUUUAGCUUAAGGAAGCAUUCACAUGGCCUGCUCGAAUUUAAGGAUGAAGAUUUAGAAGAAACAUUUUUAUGUCUGAAGAGCUCAUUCACUUAUGCAGCAAAGCUGCUAAAUCUAGUCCUUGCAAGUUCUUCAGAAUCUACCCCACCAUCUACUGAAGCCCAUAACCUUGCGAAUGAUCUGCUUGAUCUUUUUAUUUCAGUUGAAGAACAUCUGGGGUCUCGGUAUGGAUCACUGGCACUUUCUGCAACAAAAUCAUGGUUGCCUGAUUUGAUUCUUGCUCUGGGUUCCUUGCAAAUACAGAAACCAUCAUCAUCAUCAUCAUCAUCAUCAUCAUCAUCAUCACCAUCAUCCAGUGCAUUUGCAGAAACAAGGUUUGGUUUCUCUUCAUGGCUCUCGAUAUUGGCAAAAAUCGAAAUCUUUGACCAACAAGAGGCAGAGUCAGAUGUCAACGAUGACAAAGUUGCCUUAUCAUCAAAUUUUACUGCAUUUAGAAAAGUUGUUGAUGCAAUGAUUAUGCUCCUGAGAGGUAACCAGAGUGUACUAGAUGCAGUUGGGGCGUUUCUAUUGGAUGCUUCAAUGGCCGCUUUAAACAAGAAAGAUUUUGAAUUGGUAUCUGGGUUGCUACAUUUUGUGUCUGUCAAGCUAGCAAAGCAUGAUAAAAAAGAGUGGGUAGACCUGAACCUGAUGUUGAAAUCUUUACAACGUAUGUACCCUCAGAUGGAGAAGAUGGCUGAUGUGAUUGGAGACGAACAUGAAAAAGAGCGGUUGGAAAGAGCUAGAUUGAUGGUUGAACCUAUUUGGAGAUCUUACUUAGAUGAAGGGAUAAAGGAAUCUAUGGAAACUUGAUUUUUUGACUCCUGAUGGUGUAAGUUGCUUGGUAGAAAAGAAAAUCAAAUUGCUAAUGCAAAUGAAACUCAGCCUUUAGGUUUGUUUUGUAAGUUACUUUAUUACUCUAUAAUUCAAAUCUUGAACUUUUUUAUUUGUUAUCUCCAAGUAUAUAUUAUAAAUGAAAGUGUGGUUACAUUAUCCUAAAUUAAA